AUGUCCCAAAUUCAGCGCAUCACAGAAAACUUGGAGAGACCAGAGCUUGAUGACCGGUCCUAUCGUGUCAUUCGCCUGCCGAACAAGCUCGAGGCAUUGCUUGUGCAUGAUCCCGAUACCGACAAGGCUAGUGCUGCUGUCAAUGUCAACGUAGGCAAUUUCUCAGAUGAAGAUGAUAUGCCAGGCAUGGCACAUGCUGUAGAGCACUUACUCUUUAUGGGCACAAAGAAGUACCCCAAGGAGAAUGCUUACAAUCAGUACCUGACUGCUCACUCCGGUUCUUCCAAUGCUUAUACUGCUGCCACUGAAACAAACUACUUUUUUGAAGUCUCCGCCACCAAUGACUCAAGUGCCCCGAAAUCUUCUGGCGAGAACACACCUACCGACUCCAUUGGCAGUGCUACUGAAUCAGAUGGAAAGUCUCCCCUGUAUGGGGCCUUGGAUCGAUUUGCCCAAUUUUUUGUUGCUCCUCUUUUCUUGGAGUCUACAUUAGACCGUGAAUUGCAGGCAGUGGAUUCAGAGAACAAAAAGAACCUACAGAGUGACUUGUGGCGGCUGAUGCAGCUAAACAAAUCCCUUUCCAACCCUGCCCAUCCUUACCACCACUUUUCGACCGGUAACUUGCAGACCCUCAAGGAAGACCCGCAGAAACGCGGUCUGGAGGUUCGCAGUGAGUUCAUUCGGUUCUAUGAGAAGCACUACUCCGCCAACCGUGCGAAGCUAGUGGUUCUUGGGCGGGAGAGCUUGGACACUCUGGAAGAAUGGGUUGCUGAGCUUUUCGCCGAUGUUCAGAACAAGGAUCUAGAGCAGAACCGUUGGGAUGAUGUCCAGCCCUUCUCUGAGAAAGAUAUGUGCACUCAAGUAUUUGCGAAACCGGUCAUGGAUUCACGCUCUAUGGAUUUGUACUUUCCCUUCUUGGAUGAGGAAAAUUUCACAGAUGUUCAGCCGAGUCGUUACAUCAGCCACUUGAUUGGCCACGAGGGUCCUGGGAGCGUCCUAUCGUACCUCAAGGCUAAGGGUUGGGCUAACGGCCUCUCUGCUGGUGCUAUGCCUAUUUGCCCUGGAUCUGCAUUCUUCACCGUCUCUGUGCGUCUAACUCCCGAGGGUUUGAAACAGUACCAAGAGGUUGCCAAGGUUAUUUUCGAGUACAUCGCCAUGAUCAAAGGCCGGGAGCCGGAGCAGUGGAUUUUCGACGAAAUGAAAAAUUUGGCCGAGGUUGAUUUCCGAUUCAAGCAGAAGACCCCUGCUAGUCGCUUCACGAGCCGUCUGAGUAGUGUCAUGCAGAAGUCUAUGCCUCGUGAGUGGCUUCUCAGUCAAUCCUUGAUGCGCCGAUUUGACUCUGAAUUGAUCAAGAAGGCCCUGUCAUACCUGCGAGCUGAUAACUUCCGUCUCGUCAUUGUUUCCCAGGAGGUCCCUGGCGAUUGGGACCAGAAGGAGAAGUGGUACGGGACUGAGUACAAAGUUGAGAAAAUCCCACAGGACUUACUGAGUAGUAUUCAGAACGCCUUAAAAUCGACUGAAGCCACUCGUACCUCUGAUGUGCAUAUGCCCCAUAGGAACGAGUUUGUUCCGACUAGACUGUCUGUUGAGAAGAAGGAAGUGGUCGAGUCCACUAAGGUACCGAAGCUUAUCCGUCACGAUGAUCGGGUGCGCCUUUGGUUCAAGAAGGACGACCGCUUCUGGGUCCCCAAGGGCAGUCUCCAUGUGACGCUUCGCAACCCGGUUGUAUGGGCGACACCUGCCAACCUUAUUAAGACGAAGCUGUACUGUGAACUUGUCCGGGAUUCACUUGACGAAUAUUCCUAUGAUGCGGAGCUCGCAGGCUUAGACUAUCACCUUGCGGCGAACAUUUUGGGUCUGGAUAUCUCCGUUGGUGGAUAUAACGACAAAAUGUCCGUCUUGCUGGAUAAGGUUUUAACCACCAUGCGCGGGGUGUCCGUUAGUCAGGAUCGAUUCAAUAUUAUCAAGGAGCGCCUGACUCGGGCGUUCCGUAACGCCGAGUACCAGCAGCCUUUCUACCAAGUCGGCGACUACACUCGCUACCUUCUUGCCGAAAGAAGUUGGGUGAAUGAGCAAUUCAUCGAGGAAUUGGCGCACAUGGAAGCUGAUGAUGUUAUCAACUUCUACCCCCAGCUUCUCGAGCAGACCCACAUUGAAGUCCUGGCCCACGGUAACCUAUACAAGGAGGAUGCUCUACGUAUGACAGACUCAGUUGAGUCAAUUCUUAAAGGACGCGCCUUGCCUGCAUCGCAGUGGUAUCUUCGUCGAAACAUGGUGUUCCCCCCAGGUAGCAACUUCCUCUACCCGCGGACACUCACGGACCCCGCGAACCUGUUCUCCCAGCUGACCGAUGAGCCUGCCUUCGACCAGCUGCGCAGCAAGGAGCAACUCGGAUAUGUGGUGUGGAGUGGUUCGCGUUACAACGCGACUACCAUGGGUUACCGGGUCAUCAUUCAGAGCGAACGGCCCGCUCAGUACCUAGAAUCUCGUAUUGAGUCCUUUUUGCGCGAAUUCGCAGCUACCCUGGAGAAGAUGCCUGAAGACGAAUUUGAAGGCCACAAGCGAAGUGUUGUCAACAAGCGCUUGGAGAAACUCAAGAACCUGGGCUCAGAAACUGGACGCUAUUGGGCGCACAUCGGGUCCGAGUAUUUCGAUUUCCUUCAGCACGAGACCGAUGCAGCAGCCGUACGCACCCUUACUAAGGAGGACUUGAUUUCCUUCUACCGACAGUACAUUGACCCGUCCUCCAUUACUCGGGCUAAGCUUAGCAUCCACUUGAACGCAAAAGCUGGCAAGCAUAUUGGCGAUAUCACCGUGGAAGAAAAGAAGGCUAGUCUGAUCGACAUGCUUCAGAAACAGCUCGACAUAGCUGGUAUCACCGUGGAGAAAGCUACACUGGUCUCAUCAUUCCAAGAGCUAGACAUUUCGAUAAUAGACCACGCACAAAUUAUCAUUCUUGUGAAGAGCAUACUACUCACAGAGCUGAACAGCUCGCAGGAUAAGGUCAAUCUGAUUGUGGAGAAGCUCGAGAAGAGCCUUCCAGUGGAGAUGAAGCAGUUGGGCUUGGAGCCGAAGUCGAACAGUGAAAUCAACGGUACGACAUCUUCGGAGCCUACCGUCAUUACGGAUGUGUCUAUUUUCAAGGCCCGUCUUCCUGUUAGCACUGGGCCGGUUCCUGUGUCGGAUAUUACCGAGUAUGAGGAUUUUGAUGCGAAGCUCUGA